AUACAGAAUAGAGUUGAGACUACGUGGUGAUAAUAUACACGUCUAGGGUUUGUGGUUUACUCCAUGUAGUUACAUUUUCACCUGUGUGUAAUGGCUUAUGCUCAAUUAACUAAGUUUAUUAAUAUACAACACCCAAUCCUAUGUUAGAGUUAGCACCAAACGGGGCCUAAACAGUAGAAAUGGACAGCACAAUUGUCCAUUUGGCCUUUUUGGUGUGAUUUCUGGACUCACAUUUGAGCUUUUAAAACCUCCUCUUCCUCCGCACCUGUUCACCCCUUUCUUUUCCGUUCUUCUCCGUACCCCAAUCACUGCUACUCAACAGCCAACUCUUUCGCAACCAAAUAUUUCUUCUGGCGUUUUGGGGUUUGCAAACCGCUAUCAACAUUGGAGUUGGAGCAGAAUGUGAUCUGUCCAAUUCUUCUCUUGUCUUAUUUUUGGCGUGCUUUGCUCUUCUUUCCCCCUAUUUCCUGAGGAGGGGUUCCCGUCUUAAUCUCUUGCGUUUAGUGUGGCUUCGAAGAGUUAGCAGCUGCCAUGGCACAUAAUGUGUGGGAGGCGGACAAGAUCAGGUUGGAUUCCUACAUUUAUGAUUACCUGUUGAAGAGGAACCUGCAGAACACGGCGAAGGCAUUCCAAGCCGAAAGCAACGUGCCUUCGGCUCCUGUUUCGAUUGAUGCGCCAGGGGGGUUUCUCUUCGAAUGGUGGUCGGUUUUCUGGGACGUCUUCAUUGCAAGAACGAACGAAAAACAUUCCGAUUCUGCCACUUCUUACCUUGAGUCAAUUAAAGCACGGGAGCAGCAGCAACAAUCGCAGCACCAGAUCCAGACGCAGCAACUCUUGCUACAGAGGCAUGCGCAACAGCAUCCGCAAGAGCAGCAGCAAUGGCGGCAGCAGAAGCAACAGCAGCGCAGCGAAAACACUGAUUUUCCAACUAGUGCCCAGAAUGGUACUGUUGCUGCUGAUCCACCAGCGCGACAAAAUGAUACAACUGCAGGUACUUUAUCUGCAAAAGUAUUUGAGGAUAGAAUGAAAAUUACUGUUCAGAGGGACGUUUCAGAAGAGACUUCAAUGAAGCAAAGGCUCACUGAAACCAUUUGCCCAUUACUGGAAUCAAACCCAACUUCAAUGCUAAAGUCACCUGCAAGAUCAUCUCUAGCUUCAGGGCCAAUCUUCCAAAGAUCAGCUGGGGGCAUGUCCGGUUCAUUACAGCAAGCUCAGUUCAGGAGCCAGCCACUUCUGGGAUCAACACAGGAUAUUAAGGCGGAAACAAAUGUAGCUUUGAACCAGAGAGCUGCAGGUGCAGAUGGAUCACUAUUUGGAGUACCAGGCUCUAAUCAGGCGGGGAACAAUUUGACCUUGAAAGGAUGGCCUCUCACAGGAUUAGAACAGCUUCGAUCUGGGUUUCUCCAGCACAAAUCUUAUAUGUACCCGGCCCAGCCAUUACAACACCAGCUCCAGUUUCUCACUCCUCAGCAGCAGCAUGCUCUAAUUCAUGUUCAAGCACAACAAAAUGCCACUUCACCUGGAGACAUGGAUAACAGACGACUUCGGAUGCUUUUUAGCAGCCGAAACUUGGUUCCUGGGAGAGAUGGUCAAUCAACUGGUUUCACUGAAAUUGUUCCCAGUGUUGGCCAGUCAUUGCAAAACAUGUGCUUACCUAUGCAGCGCACUGAGACAGAUAUGCUGAUGAAGAAGAUAGCUGCUCUACAGCAACAACAGCCGAGUAACAAUCUGCAACAGCUCCUCCAACAUCCAUUACUGAGUCAGCAACAACAAAGCUCAACUUAUCUUGAAGGUGAGCAGGAAAAAAUGGGUGCUGGAAUUGUAACAGUGGCUUUUGCUGGAAAUGAACAGGUUUCUAAGAAUCGAAAUGGGCGAAAGCGCAAACAUCCUAUCUCCUCGUCUGGCCCAGCCAAUAGCUCUGGUACUACAAAUACUGCUGGUGCUUCCCCCAGUUCAACACCUUCAACUCUUUCUGCACAUUCUCCCGGAGAAACAAUAUCAACACCAUUGCAGCACCAAAAUGCGAGCUCAUGUACGACUUUAGUUGUUUAUGGUUCUGAGGGUCCAGUACCAAUAGGAUCGCCGACCAAUCAACUUGUUGAUAUGGAUCACUAUACCGAGGAUGACUCCAUGGAAGAUAAUUUAGAACCAUUCUUGCCGCAUAAUGGCACAAAUCCAAGAGCUGCUGGUAGCCAUUGUAUCAGUUCUGGAAAAGGAUAUAUCCUUAGAGAGGUAUCUUCAGCCCAAGCAAGCACAAGCAGUGUUCUGUGUUGUCAUUUCUCGUCAGAUGGAAAAUUAAUUGCUACUGGAGGUCACGAUAAGAAGGUUUUCCUGUGGAAUGCUGACACUCUGAAACAAAAAUCAAUGCUAGAGGAGCAUUCUCUGCUCAUAACUGAUGUGCGCUUCAGCCCAAGCACUCCUCGCCUCGCCACAUCUUCAUUUGACAAAACUGUGAGGGUUUGGGAUGCUGAUAACCAUGGUUAUUCAAUUCGUACGUUCACUGGGCACUCAGCAUCUGUUAUGUCACUCGAUUUCCACCCGAACAAGGAUGACCUCAUUUGUUCUUGCGAUGGGGACAACGAGAUACGGUUCUGGAGCAUCAAGCAUGGAAAUGCUGUCCGAAUUUUCAAGGGAGGUUCGACCCAGCUGAGAUUCCAACCACGUUAUGGAGGACUCCUUGCAACGGCUUCAGACAAUGUAGUCUCUAUCCUGGAUGUGGAGAGGCAAGCUUGCGUGAGGAGAUUUGAGAGCCACACUAAGGGCGUCGAUUCCGUGUGCUGGGAUCCCACCGGCGAGUACGUGGUGUCUGUCAGUGAAGACACGGUGAAGGUGUGGUCUUUGAACGACGAGAGCUUCGUGAACGAGCUUAGCUGCGGCGGGAGAAAGUUCAGUUCGUGCACUUUCCAUCCUACGUACCCAUCCUUGCUUAUCAUUGGCUGUUACCAGUCUCUGGAGCUGUGGGACAUGUCCGAGAACCGGAGCAUGACUGUUGCAGCGCACGACAGCCUCGUCUCGGCCCUGGCAUCGUCGAGCUCCGGCCUGGUUGCUUCGAGUGGCCAUGACAAGUAUGUCAAGCUGUGGAGAUGAGCUUCGACUUUCCUGCCCUGGCAUGUUAAGUACGGUUGUGGACGCGCCCCAACCCUUUUGGCACCAUUAGCUAUCUGCUUGCAUUGCAGUAGCGCUCAGGAGUUAGGAUGGUGACUCGACCGCCUGACUGAACAUGUGUCCGCUGAAGUAGCGUGCAGUAAAACCCUGAAGAAGUGGGUUUAGCGCCUAGCUUUUGUAUAGGAAAUUAGAACACGGGUUAUGUUAAGUAUCCAAUGUCUGUCACUACCUUGACAUCUGACAUGGCUUGAAAGCUUUUGCUGCUGCAACUCGGCUUCCGAAAGGGAUCACA